AUGGCAUCAACCACUUUUAACGUCGGCGUCGUGGGCUACGGCAUGUCCGCCAAAGUCUUCCACAUCCCCUUCAUCACCACGACGCCUCAGUUCAAGCUCCACAGCAUUGUCCAGCGCAGCCCCAAAGACGGCAACUCGGCGCCGCACGACCACCCCGAGGCCAAGCACUACACAGACGUCAAGCAGCUCCUGGCAGACCCGGACGUUGAAGUCGUCGUCGUCACGACCCCGCCCGACAACCAUUUCGAACUCACAAAGGCCGUGCUCGAGGCCGGCAAGCACGUCCUGACGGAGAAGCCAUUCGUUCCCACCUCCGCCGAGGCCAACAAGCUCAUUGCCAUCGCCAAAGAGAACAAGCGCCUCAUCUGCGUCUACCAGAACCGCCGGUGGGACUCGGACUUUUUGACCGUCAAGCACCUCAUCGAGAACGAUGUCCUCGGCCGCGUCGUUGAGUUCAACACCCAUUUUGACCGAUACCGUGCCGCCGCCCCCACCAACUGGAAGGGCGAGCUGGGCAUCCCCUCGGGCGGCAGCGCCAUAUUCGACCUGGGCACCCACCUCGUCGAUCAGGUGUACACGCUAUUCGGCAUGCCCCAAGCCGUCCACGGCCGCCUCAUGUCCCAACGCUCCGGCAAAGCCGAUUUCUUCAACCCCGACGGCGUGUCGGCCGAGCUGACGUACCCCAACGGCAUGCUCGUCAACGUCCGCAUCAGCGUGCUCAGUGCCGAGCUGGUUCAGCCGCGCUUCUGGGUCCGCGGCUACAAGGGAAGUUUUCACAAGGUAGGCCUCGAUCCGCAAGAGGACCAGCUCAAGGCCGGCGCCAAGCCCACCGACGCAGGCUUCGGCAAGGACAGCCCCGACAGCAUGCGCCUCGUCCUCGUGGGCGAAGAUGGCAAGAUGAAGGAAGGCAAGGUGCCCGACCUCGAGCCAGAGACGUACAAGGUGUUUUAUUCCGCCUUUGGGAAGGCUGUCGCCAGCGGCAAGGAGGAAGAUGUGCCUGUCAAGGCUACCGAGGCGAGAGACGUGCUUCGCAUUCUCGAGGCAAUCAUGGAAAGCGCAAAGGCUGGUCGAGAUGUGACGUUCCCCUGA